AAGUUAUAUAUCGAAUUAAAAACAUUUCCGAAUGCAUUUCGAACAAAACUAUGGAUUGAAGUAAACCAUAAGUAAACAUUUUUGCCAAAAUUCUAAUAUUUAUAUAAACAAUACCAUUAAAUUACUGUUUUGAUAAAGUUUAUUUACCUACAAGGAAACUGCGUGUUUUUGUUCUAUUUUUGAUAACCGUCCGUCGAACUUGUUACCUCUUUUAUAUUAUUAUAUUUUAUUGAUAGUUUAGAAUAAAUCAGAAAACAUAUCAGUUUAUUGUUAACAUCGGCUGGGAGUCGCCGGCUAGAAGUUCUAAUAUUCGUAAGAUCCAAAAUGCGUCUAAUAAUAAUACUUCUAGCAAUAUCAUCGGUAUACGCCGAAAACUGUUCAAUAUUCGACGGCGAAAAAUAUUCAAAAAGAUCCAUUUUAACCAUCAAAGGUUUACCCACUAAUCUAGUAGUCAAUCCGAAUAACAAAGAUCUACUUUUCACUUUAAUCGAUAUAGAAUCGCUUCAAAGCGACGAUGUUCAAACGAAAAUGGAUCAAUACAUAUUUAGACAAGGAGAACCGAUUAAAGUUGAUAAUGUGAACGGACAAGCGGCUGCGGUGGACGCAGAAAACAAUAUGGUGUACAUCGCUACUGAUGAUGGGCUUAGUGUUUUGAAUAAAACAAAUAAAGCCAAUUUCAUAGGCUUCAAGGGCGAUGACAUAACCCAACUAUUCAAACCUCCAUCAAACAAUAAGCUGUAUGCAGUUGUGUAUCCAGACAGUGAAGUAUACGCUAUAGAUUUGGUUACGAACGAGAAGAAUAAAGUUGAAAACGUGCCCUGUGCGUUUAUACUAGCAGUGGAUAAAAAAGAAAACAUAUUUUACGAAUGCGAAUCGAAAUAUAUUAAAAUGCUUCUCAAAGGUUUUCAGGAAGCCAUUGAAUUUGUUGGUAUACCUAAGAAUUCUGCUAGAGCGAUAGCAAUAGAUCCUCAUGGAAGAGUAAUUCUUGCAGCGAACGAUGGGUUGUACUGGCUGAGACCAGAUUCAUUAAUACCUAGGAAGUUAAUGGAUCUAGAUUUCGUGCCGUCUGGUAUAGCUUUUUACGAUGAUAGUAUAUUAUUGUCUACGAGCGGUGUUAUUUAUGAGUUUAGUGGUAAUUGUAAAAACUGAUAACUGAAAUUGAAAUACACUGGCGGUAAAAAGUACUGGUGAAAUCAGACCAAUAAAUUAUUUUUUUAUUUAA